AUGCCUAGUACUUUCCCUUAUUGUUUACACCUCAUUCUAAUCACUGCUUUGUUUGAAGUGAAAUCACAUCUCCCUGUGGUUCGACCCCGACUAUACUACUGCUCUUGCUGUGCACUUGCAGCUACAUUGGUUGGGUUAAAAAUAUUAUCAUUUGAGGAAGCUAAACCCAGCCUCCAUCCGUUGCCUGACGGUUUCAAGACCGUUGGUUCUAAAUGGAUUUACACUAUUAAACGCGACUCGAAAGGUGCCAUUGACAGAUACAAGGCUCGCCUUGUAGCUAAAGGUUUCACCCAAAAAGAUGGCAUUGACUAUAAAGAGACCUUCUCUCCUGUUUCUAAGAAGGAUUCUCUAAGAAUUGUUUUGGCUUUGGUAGCUCAGUAUGAUCUUGAGCUUCACCAAAUGGAUGUUGAAACCGCCUUUCUGAAUGGAGAUCUUGAGGAAGAAGUAUAUAUGGACCAACCUGAAGGAUUUGUGGUCGCAGGAAAAGAACAUAUGGUAUGUAAGCUGAGAAAGUCAAUAUAUGGACUUAAACAAGCUUCCAGACAAUGGUAUCUAAAGUUUAAUGAUACCAUCACGUCAUAUGGUUUUGUAGAGGUUAUUGUUGAUCGAUGUAUCUACGUUAAGAUCAGUGGGAGCAAGUUUAUUAUGUUAGUCUUAUAUGUUGAUGAUAUUUUGCUUGCUGCAAAUGACAUGGGGAUGUUACAUGAUACAAAGAAGUAUCUCUCUAAGAACUUUGAAAUGAAAGAUAUGGGUGAGGCAUCCUAUGUGAUCGGAAUAGAAAUAUUUCGAGAUAGAUCACAAGGGAUAGCUCCAAUUCAGAAGGGAGAUAAGUUCAGUAAAAUGCAAUGUCCUAAAAAUGAAUUGGAGCGUAAGGAAAUGGAAAGAAUUCCAUAUGCAUCAGUGGUUGGGAGUUUGAACUAUGUUCAGACAUGUACUCGGCCAGAUAUCACCUUUGCUGUUGGUAUGUUGGGUCGAUAUCAAAGUAACCCCGGAAUGGACCAUUGGAAAGCUGCAAAGAAGUUUCUCAAGUACUUGCAAGGCACCAAAGAGCACAUGCUUACAUUCAGGAGAUCCAAUCAUCUAGAGAUCAUUGGAUAUUCAGAUUCAGAUUAUGCUGGAUGCGUCGAUAGCAGGAAAUCGACGUUUGGCUAUUUGUUCCAAUUAGCCGGAGGAGCAGUAUCGUGGAAAAGUGGAAAGCAGUCUGUCAUUGCUACUUCUACUAUGGAGGCUGAGUUUGUGGCAUGCUUUGAGGCCACAAUUCAUGCAUUGUGGCUGCGGAACUUUAUCUCAGGGCUUCAAAUUGUCGACAAUAUUGAGAAGCCGCUGAGAAUCUAUUGUGAUAAUUCUGCAGCUGUCUUCUUUUCAAAGAACGACAAGUACUCGAAGGGUGCCAAGCACAUGGAGAUAAAGUAUUUGUCUGUCAAAGAAGAAGUACAGAAACGUAGAGUGUCUUUGAGCACAUAG